AUUAAAAAUGCAAAUAAUAAUUAAACCUAUAAGGUAGUUAAACCCUAAAGUUAUUUUCGAUUUGUUAAAGUCGUUAAAAUUAAUUCAAAUCUCCUGUUAUUUUCUUUUAUCAGAAUUAUUAUGUCAUUAAUUCAAUUAUUAAUUAAAUUGUUAAACUAUAUUAUAUAUUCAACUUAAUAAAUUUUUAUGUUGAUUAUAAUCGCAUGGCAUGAUGUUUUUUGUUAAUAACUAAAUGGAAAUAGCAAUUUCACAUGGGCAAAAUUUUUAAUAGUUGCAAGAGAAUAAAUCCAAACGUUGAUAUUUUAUUUCAUACAGAUUAAAUUUUAUAUGCAUAAAUAUUCUGUUAACCGAUAUCAAAUUUAUUCCACUUGAACUUUCAUAAAAAAAUCUCUAUCAUUUGUAAACUAAUGUAAUAAAUAAACAAACAAAUACAAAAGGUUUUUCUUCAAAAUAUCUUUAAAAUAUAUAUAUAUAUAUUUUUUUUUUGAUAAUUCUCUGUAUUAUUCUUAAAAUAUUGUAUUCUUUGACCAAUAAUACAAUUAAAAUAAAUAAGUAUUGUUUAUACUAAAUUUAUUUAUAAUUGGCUUAUACAUUUUUUUAAUGAAUUUUUACAAUUAAGUUUCCUUGACAAUUAGAUGUAAAUGUUGAUUUUAUCGACAUUUCAGUUCACUUCGUUUUUUCCCGUGAAAAAUAAACUAUCGUCUUGUGUAAUUAUUAAGAUUUAUUUAAUUAGUUAUUGAUAUGGCAAGUGAAAAAAAUAUUUUUGGUCAAACAAAUGAAUCAAACUUACAUAAGGUCAUACGCAGAGUUGAAGAAAUAUGGAAUCGUCGUUUCAUGCAUUCCAAUUGUGUUUUAAAUAAUACUAAUAAAGGACAAAUAUCAAAAAAUUCAUCUAAAGAUGGAAGAAUUAUCUCAAUUAUUAAUAAAAAUAUUUAUCCUAUAAAAAAUUCCAUUAUUCCAAAAAAACGCACGUAUCGAAAAACGAAUAAAAAUGAUAAAAUUAUUCCAGAAAAAUUGAAAUCGAUGCAGCGAGGAGAAUUUGGAACACUUUUUCAGAAUGAUAUAUCUGGAAAAUAUAAAAAUGAAAUUUUAAAUUCAACAGAAAAAAAUAAUAUAGCAAUUUCAAAAGACAAUCCGCUAUUAAUAUCAGCUGAUUUGUUAGAAAAGAGUUUUCAUAAGAAAAAUUUGGAACGCAAAAAUUCCGAAAUAAAAAAACAACUCUUUGAGAUAUCUUUUAAUACUACUGCUCGACCAAAUUUAAAAAGACAUUCACCCGAAGAAGAUGAAAAAGUCAUAAAAAAGCCAAAAGUUAGUUCUAAUCCUUUGACCUUAAAUACGCCGAAUGACGUAAAUUUACUUGCUUUGUCCACUGUUGAAGUAAUAAAAGUACCAGAGAAAGAAAAAGAAGUAAUGCAAGAUCAGAACACAAAAUCUCUUGAUCAGUAUAAUGCACCUUCAUUUAAAUCGCCCACAUCAUGGUAUACUUCAGACACAAUUAAUGAGUACAUUAAAAUGAUAGUAAAACGGUCAGAAGGUGAAGUUUAUGCAGUUGUCACUGAUUUUAUUGUAGCGUAUCUUCGAGGAGGUUAUCCAGCUGUAAGAAGAUGGAUAAAAAAAGAUAUUCACACAAUAAAAUUACUUUUUGUGCCCAUGAAUGUAUAUGGGAGUCAUUGGAUAUUGACAGUGGUUAAUAUACCUGAAAAGACUGUGACAUCAUAUGAUAGUCUUAAGUCGUAUAAGGGUCCUUAUCCAAUGGUAUUAAAAAAUUUCUUAAUUGAAUGGGAGAUGGACAAAAAAGGAAAAGCUUCUACAUGGACAUUACAAAUAGGCGAGACAUCUCGCCAAACCAAUGGACAUGAUUGUGGGCCAUUUACUGUUGAGCUGGCAGAAAAAAUGUCUCGAGGAGAUACAACACCAAUAAAUGCAAAUUUUAUGCCUUUUAUAAGAUUAAGACACAAAAAUGAAAUUAUUGCUGGCGAGCUAUUCAAUUAAUAUUUUUAUGAAUGAAAUUUUAUUUUUGUAUUUUAUAUCAAUUUUCUUAAUAUUCACUAUAAAUUGAAAUUUUUAUUUGUAUACCACCAAACAUUUUUUUACUUUUUCUUUGUUUAAUUGUUGUUUUGUUAUUUUAUUUUAAUCUUAUUUUUCUUUGUAACAUUUCAUUUAAGAAAUUCAAAUUUAAUAUAAAUUUAUCUUAACUGAAAUAAUUUAAUGUUCUUGUUAUGUGAAUAUACAAAUAUUAUAAUAUACAGUUAUGGAUACAAUUAAGUUAAAAAGUCAGC